AGUGUCGGGAUACGGGUACUUUCAAGAUGGAUGCGUACACACUGUGAAGUUCAAAGUGUAGGUGUAUUUGUUAUUUUUUGAUAUGGCAGGUGUGUUGAAGCAUUGGAGAGAGGCAGCAACUUUGUUGCUGGUUGCAAAAUGUAAGAAAAUAGUCCCCAGUCCCGCACAUGGGACCAUGCAACUUCAAGAAAUGGACUCUGAGCUCACAAACUACAACUACAAAAUACUGAUGUUGAAAAGGUCAACAAAAAGCAAGUUUAUGCCGAAUGUAUACGUUUUUCCAGGUGGUAUUGCAGAAAAUGCCGAUUUCUCAGCAGAGUGGUUGAAUCUGUUUAGAAAAUUUGGUGACUCUGAAAAUCGAGACUUGUUGAAGUCUUUAACACAAGCUGGGGAAGGUCCCCUGAUGUUCAGCAGACAGAGAAGCCCAGAAUUUGAACAUAUACCAAGCGAGCUGGCAUUUAGAAUUUGUGCCAUUCGUGAAACCUUUGAAGAGUCGGGGGUUUUGAUUGCACGAGCAUUUGGCGAUAAAUCGCGCUUAAGCACUGAUUUCCCCCACACUCCUAUCUGUGGUACAAGCUUUCCUUUGAGAACUGAAGAAACAGAUGAAUGGCGUAAACGUGUGGACAAAAACCCAGAUGAAUUCAUCAGGAUGUGUCAAACACUUAAUAUCAUACCAGAUGUAUGGUCACUGUCGGAGUGGUCCAACUGGCUAACGCCUUCAACCAUGUCGAUGGGGAAAAGGUCUGGGAGAAGAUAUGACACUGCAUUCUUUUUAUGUGUACUGGAUCACAUUCCAGAUGCUAUACAUGAUGAUAUAGAGACAGUACAUUUACAGUGGACAGCUCCUGAUACUAUACUGAGUGAGUACAAAAGGUCAAAGGGGGGACUUGCGCCUCCUCAAGUAUACGAAAUAUGCAGGCUCCUCAACUACCAACAAGUGGAUGAUCUCCAUCGCCUUUCCUGGGAGAGGGCCCAUAAAUAUCGUGUCAAACAAUACUUCCCUGUUCCUAUAGUGUGUCAAGAUGGUGUUACUAUUGUUUAUCCAGGUGAUGAGUUGUACCCCCAGGAGCCUGACCGAGAAGGAAAGAAUCCACCAAUCAGCAUUGAGUGUUCUCUGUCAGAACUCCCCACUAAAUUUCCUGUCAUGAACAGGAUGCUUUUGAAAGGACCUCAUUCAGUUAACACAUCAUCUGGUGACGGUCAGGUCAUUCCAAUUUUUGACCAUGAAACUUUGUCUGAAACUCCAAGCUCUAAGCUGUGAUAAUCCCAGAGUGUAGUCCAUGUAAUUUAAAAUUGAAGUAUCUGAUGAGAAUCACAUGUAUACAGAACCUGUAUUAUAAAACACACAAUCUAAUUAAAAUUCUAUCUUCUCUAACCAUUACACUGGAGAAGUUCCACACCAGUGUAACUGUUAGAGAAGAGAUUUAUAAAACACAAUGCAUAAAGGUAUGGAUAAUUAAAGAAAUACAAUAAUGUA